AUGUCAGCCAGCAAGAGCUUCACAGUCACUCCAAUCGAGAAGUGCUCCAGCAGCAAGACGGACUUUGGUGUCGUCAUUGCGGAUCUUGACCUUAACAACAUCAGCGACGAGGAUGUCCAGGCACUAAGCGACGCCAUCUGGACACACAAGCUCGUUGUGGUAAAGGGCCAAAAGAGCCUUGCUCCGAUAAAGCAAUGGGAUCUUGUGCGGCGCUUUGACCCGGCAGCAGAGGAGGUGCACUCGCACGGCGACAUCAAGGCCUUGAACAAGCCCAACAACAUGCUGUCGCGUGGCGGCCAGGUGUAUGCGAUUCCCGGCGCGGAGAACAUUCGGAUCGUCGGCAAGGGCUUCCUGGGUGAAGACCACUACGGCCUCAAGAACCUGACGGUGAACCGGAAGCCGCUGCACAGCUUCCAUGCCGAGGAGCUAGCGCCGGACGAGUUCGACCGCGGCCACACGCGCUUCCAACGCUGGCACAUUGACGCACCGCUGUACGAGCGCGAUCCAGCCUGGUUCACGACGCUGCGCUGCGUGAAGCGGCCGGUGACGCAGCCAGGCCUGCCGCCGCUGACGGUGCACUGGGACGACGGGUCCGGCCAGACGAUGGCGACAGAGCCAGGCCUGACGGCCUUUUUCAGCAACGUGCAGGCGUACCAGCUGAUGAGCGAGGCCGAGCGCCGCAUGGUCGACCAUAGCUGGGUUGAAUAUGCACCACAUCCGUACACCUGGAUGUCCAACUGCAAGGGUCGGGCCAACGGACUCGGGCUGGAGACGCAGGGCCGCGAGCGUGCCCUUGCCGACCUCGACGCCUUUGACCCCGCCAAGGUCAAGACGUACCCGAUGGUCUGGCUGAACCCCGUCACUGGCGAGCGUGCCUUUAUGGUGCACGGCCUCGCUGCCCGUCGUCUCUUUCUGCGGUCGUCGCCCGAAGAGGAGCCGCGCGUCGUCGACGAUGUCGCUGCCAUCCGCGCCUUUCUGCACCCGCUGCAGGAGCGCGUGCUGCGGCCCGAGUUCAUCCUCAUCCCCACCGUCGAAGAGGGCGACAUUCUUAUGUGGGCCAACUAUCAGAUGUUCCACAGCGCCAUCGACUACCCCGACGCCUUUGGUCCCCGCUCCAUGCACCAGGCCAACAUCGGCGCCAGCAAAGGCCCGCUCGGCCCCGUGCCUCUUCCCAUACAAGUAUCAGCUUAA